AUGAAGAUUAAAUAUUUAAUUCUUUCUACUUCUAUAGUAGCACUACUUGCCUGUUCUGUAAGCAAAAAGAAAAAAAACACUACUCAAGAAAAUGCUACCGCCACAGCUGUCUCUAGCAUCGGAGAUCCUUUUGACGAACCUGAUCAAGCUUCAAAUGGAGAACCUCUUACUAAUGAGUUAAUCUGGUAUUCUGGCGAAUUUUAUGGAGAAUCUGUCAGAGGAGUUCGUUCUAUGAAAGAUGGUGAACACUUUACUACUAUGGGCAAUGGGGAAUUAGGACCUGAAAUAAAUAAAUAUUCAUAUGCCACUUAUGAAAAAGUAGCAACCCUCUUAACCUUCAUGGAUUUAAAAGAUGAGGAAGGCAAACCGAUUCCUAUUGACAGUUACGAAUUUAGUGCGGAUGAAACCAAAGUAUUAAUAGCCACCGAUCAAGAAAGUAUUUACCGUAGGUCCAGCAAAUCUUUCUAUUACAUUUAUGAUUUAGCUACUAAAAAAACAACUCCUUUAGCCAAUAAAGAGAAAGGAAAGCAACGACUAGCCGAUUUUUCUCCUUCUGGGAACUUGGUAGCUUUCGUGAGAAAAAAUAAUUUGUUCUAUACCAAUAUAGAAACUGGAAAAGAAUUUCAAAUAACCUUAGAUGGGGAAAUUAAUAAAAUUAUUAAUGGAGCUACUGACUGGGUAUAUGAAGAAGAAUUUGGCUUUCACAAAGGGUUUGAAUGGAAUGAAAACGGGACUAAGAUUGGUUAUUGGAAAUUUGAUGAAUCUAAAGUAAAAGAGUUUCACCUGAACUAUUAUGGUCCUCUAUACCCUCAAGAGUAUCGAUUCAAAUACCCUAAAGCUGGGGAAGACAAUUCCAACAUCAGCAUUCAUGUAUUUGACAUUUAUAAGCAACUUUCCACUCCUAUUGAGAUCAUCGAUCAACAAGAAGAAUACUAUAUUCCUAGAAUUAACUGGACUAAGGAUCCGAUGAAAUUAUCCCUCACUAAAUUAAAUAGACUUCAAAAUAAUUUACAAUUAAUGAUGGUUGAUUGCACUCCAAAAAAUGCUCGAAAAGUAGCUUCUUACAUUGCUAAACCUUACUAUUCUGAAUCAGCCAAAACCUAUAUCGACAUUCAUGAUAACCUAACUUUCUUCAAGGAUAAUAACACCUACUUAUGGAUGAGUGAAAAAGAUGGAUAUAACCAUAUUUACCUCAACACGAUUGACGGAAAGGAAAAACAAAUCACUACUGGAAAAUGGGACGUGAUUGAAAUUCAGGGAGUAGAUGAAACUAAUGGAUUAAUCUAUUAUUUAUCAGCAGAAAAUGGAGCUAUUUAUCAAGAUUUGUACGUCAUAAAAACAGAUGGAACUGGUAAGAAAAAACUCUCUACGCGCAUGGGGAAUAACUCUACUGCAUUUAGUAAAGGAAUGAAAUAUUACAUCAAUUAUCAUUCAGAUGCAAACACCCCCUCUUUCAUCUCUUUGCAUAAAGCAGACGGUAAACAAAUUAAGGUAUUAAAAGACAACAAAGCUUUAAUUCACCGAUUAACUAAAUAUAGGUUACCUGGUAAAGAAUUUUUUACUUUUAAAAAUGCCGAAGGCAUUGAUUUAAAUGCAUGGAUGAUUAAACCCACAAACUUUGAUACUACCAAAAAGUACCCUGUGUUUAUGACUGGAUACAAUGGACCUGGAAGUAAUGUAGUCAAAGACUCAUGGGGAGGAAGUACCAUGAUGUGGCAUCAUUUAUUAGCAAAAAAAGGAUUCUUAGUAAUUUGUGUUGAAACGAGAGGAACUAUGUUUCGAGGAAGGGAUUUUAAACAUUCCACUUACCUUCAGUUGGGAAAACUAGAAACUGAAGAUUUGAUAAGUGCUGCUAAGUAUUUGGGAGGAUUAGCUUAUGUAGACAAAGCCAACAUCGGAAUUCAAGGAUGGAGUUAUGGAGGGUAUAUGGCUUCUCUUUGUAUGACUAAGGGAGCUGAUUAUUUUAAAGCUGGUAUUGCUGUUGCUCCAGUGACAAAUUGGAGAUAUUAUGACAAUGUCUAUACUGAAAGAUUUAUGCGAACCCCUCAAGAAAAUAGUGAUGGAUAUGACGAUAAUUCUCCUAUCAAUCAUGUAAGUAAAUUAAAAGGAGCCUUUUUAUUAGUUCAUGGUGGAGGUGAUGAUAAUGUUCAUCCUCAAAACACCUACGAAAUGGUUAACGCCUUAGUAAAAGAAAAUAAAGAAUUUGAUAUGUUUAUUUACCCUAAUCGUAAUCAUGGUAUUUAUGGAGGAAAGACUAGACUUCACUUGUUUAAUAAAAUGACUCAUUUCUUAGAAGAUAACCUGAUGGCAAAUUAG